GCAUUAAGUUCGACAAGAACGCUUAUUGUAAUAGGAGGCAAAACUCCUUAAUACUAUGUCUGUUCAUACAGGGUUUACCCCUCUUUGUUAAUCUGUGACUCAAUAUUACACAUAACAUCCUUGAAACCGAAAGUAGUAUUUUAUGGAAAUAUUACUUUGUAAGACUUCUUUACAUUCAUAAGGAUGACGUAUAUAGUUAAGAGUGUUCGUUAUAUUGCAUAUUUGAUGCUAUUGGCUUUAAGUAGUCAGACUAGCGUUUGUGAUGCUGGUAUAACAAAAACAUGCCCUCGGAGUGCCACCUUCUUAGUAUACUUGUUGGAUGACAGCGAAUAUAUGAGGGCUCCUGUGGGUUACCAAUCUGAAGAAACGCCUUUCUCUGAGUAUCUAUGGCAACAAACAACAUUGUAUCAACAACAGUCAUUGAAGUCACACUUUGUCCAAGAGAUAAGCAAGGCAUCUCUGAAUCCAGUGGAUUUUGGCGCCUAUAUAAUUCAAGAUAAUUCCUACGUGUUCAACGCUGCUGAAAGUGUUGCCAUCGCUGCAUCAAACGCAACGGAUGCAAACUUGAAAGCGUUUCUUGAGGCAAGAUAUGUGUCGUACAAAAAGUAUUAUGAAGAGGCAUUCCGCACUUGGCACAUUGGAGAUGCAUCGGGGGUAAAACUGGGAAAGGAAUGUGCAGAUUAUGUCAACCACGAGCGCAAUGUAGCUCUGACCAUGCCUUCUAUUUACACCAUUGUGUCCAUGAUACCUUGCGCAAAGCUGUGGCCAUGGAUUGGAAAACAAAUCAAGGCUGAUACAGGAAACUUCGGCGUAUAUACAGAAUGGGUAAGAGAAAACUUCGACCCGAACAACCAUGGUUCCGACAAGUAUGAGACAAUGAUUAACAACGCGGCCGCCCAAGGACACAUUGACAAAUCCCAGGCACUAAAGGUGUAUAUGAACAGUAUGAUGGGGGAAGUAGAAUUCUUUAAUAGUAUAAGCUUAUACUAGGUUUAUGUGUCCGUAUCCUGCUACAGUGUAAAGAAAAAGAAAAUUACAAGUACAAAACCCAGUGGCCUAAAUUUAACCAAUAUUAUAUUUAAAGGGCAAACAAACACCAAAAAAGAGACACAACAGUUUAAUACAUAAAUCCAUAAACAACUAUCACCACAUCAUUGUUUUUUUGUUUAUGUAACCAUAUGUGUACGGUCAAUGAAAACUGGGUGCAAGGAAACUCACGUCAGGGCUUAAGCCAGUUUGUGAGCGCUCGACGACCUCACACAUGCCCCAGCAUGCAUCAGACAAUUCAUUUGCAAGGGUAUUUCCUGUUUGAUAUUGGGAAUUGUUGCGUGACUUUAUUUCAAACUUUGUUUGAUACGGGCCAUACAAACAUAUAUAUAUAUAACAAAGGUCUUGGUUUGAACCGCAUAUUGAAUUAACUAUCCUUAGUUUGAAUGUAUCUAUCAUGUUUUCCACUGCAUUCAAUGGUGGAUAAAUAUUAAUGUAUCUUUAUUUUGUUGCGUUUUCUUACACAUUAUCAAAAUUUAAAUUGAGCCACCAGCACCAUUGACAAAUCUAUCACCAACAGCCCAAUCAUCAUCAUCAUCAUCAUCAUCAUCAUCAUCAUCGUCAACAAAUUAAAGCGAAAGCCAUCUGGAUUAUGGUCAGGGUUCAUAUAUCAAUAAGACACUCGAACGAUGAUAAUUUGUGCUAGAAAAGUAAUCCAAAAUGCUCACGAAGCCUAUCGGAUUUUUUGGUUGCUAAUAUUUUGACAAAUUAUGUUUUUUUUCCAAAAAUAAUUACAAAAUGACCAAUUUGUUUACAUUUUCUGUAAAUACGAUGUACUUAUUGAAUUAUUAAGAAUAGUGCAGUUAGUUCAGUGCUUAUUGUAAUAAGAGGAAUAACCCCUUAAUACUUUGUUUCAUGUCUGCUUAUACACGGUUUACCUCUCUUUCUCUCUUUGUUGAUCAACAGAGCCAUGAACAGCUAUAAAACUGUGAAUUAACAUCACAGGAAAUAUCCUUUAAACCGGAAGAAUAAUUUUACAUUUACAUUUUAAUUUUUAAGACUUAUUUACAUUCAUAACGAGGACAACAGUGGCUUAGAAUGUACGUUAUAUUACGUUAUAUAUUAUUUGAUGAUGUUGACUUUACGCUAAGUUUGUCUAUAUUUCACUUAUUGUUCACGCUUGAUAACUUUUUUGUUUUAUUGUAAAUGCAUGCCAUAUAUGAACGUAUUGUAUAUGCAUGGUUACUCAAUACGGUAUUUAUUAAACGAGCUUUCUAAAAUUGUCAAAAAACGAGCAUUGGCGACUAGGUAUAUAUUAUCUAAAACAUUUUUAUCACAAAUAUAAACACAACAUGUAAUCCAUUAUUUCUCUUCCAUGUCAAUCACUCGUGGUAAGAUAAGGAUAAAAUUCCGUUCCGUUCAUUGUAAAACACUUUAUGACUUUAGUUACAUGCGACGAAUAAUUGCUGAGAAAAAUAUGAUGAACGAUGUUGAUAUUUUGACUAUUAAUGUUGGUUCGUGUACUGCAAUCAACGGUGCUUUAGAUAUUUCAAAAAAGAGUUUUGUUUAUAAAAGUGACUCACAGAUCCACCA